GACAAAGAUGCCGAGGCGCGAUGGCGCUGCCGGGAAUGAAUCUCUCCCUCGACGUGCGCGGCCGAAUCCUGCCUCCUAACACGUCAGCGCCGAGAAUGGGAGCUCUCAAGGCCAGCAGUUCUCUGUUCUCGCGGCUGCUGUGCUCGUCCUCGGCGGCAUUCCUUCCUUCGAUUGCCCCAGGUAGGAUUUCGUGUGGGAUUUUCGAGAGCGGGAGCCAGGGGCGAUGGGGGAUUGCACAGUCAGGCCAGAAAUUCGUGCUCUACCAAUUCUCCAGAGAUUUUUCUUCCGCUAGCAGUAGAAGAUGGUUUCGAAGGAAAGGGAAGAAGGGAGCGGCUUUGAACGCGUCGACUGCUGAAAGCCAGCAGACUGCCGGGGCCGAGAAUGUGGCGAAGAAGUCUCCUGGGAGAAAAUCUAAAGGCACAGCAAAGCCGGAAGAAGAGACCCAGGAUCCCCAAGCGGUAGAUAAGAAAAAGGCCAGAUCCAAGGUGGCUGUGGAACAAAAGCCCAGUGACGCUACCAAUGCCACGAAGAAGAAGAAGAAGAACGAAUCGAAUGCUACGAAAGAAGAUGACGGAGGAAAGGUGAAAAGUGCUGCUAAAACAACGAAGCCCAAGGAUGCCGCGAAGCUGAAGCCUGCCAAGGAAGUAAAAGAUGGUGGAGAUUUGAAGGAAGCUCCAAGUAAGAGAAGCAAGAAGAAAGCUGAAGUAGUAGCUGCUACUACCAUCGAUUCCACCAUAGAGACGGGAGAACAAGAGAACGGGGCCGCGCUCUCUGGAAAGGUGGUGGUCGUGGUGGAGUCUCCUGCCAAGGCCAAAACGAUCGAGAAGUAUCUGGGAGAGAACUACGUGGUGGUGGCGAGCUAUGGUCACGUAAGAGACCUGGCAGCACGCUCCGGCUCGGUUCGUCCCCAGGACGACUUUGAUCUGGUCUGGGAAGUCCCGGACACUGCAAAGUCGCGCUUCAACCAGAUCAAAACAGCGCUUAAAGGAGCACAGGCGAUGGUUCUAGCUUCUGACCCGGACAGGGAAGGAGAAGCCAUCGCCUGGCACAUUCUCGAGAUGAUUAGGCUGGAAGGCAUCAUGAAGAAGGGACUGAAGAUCCAGAGGGUGACAUUCAACGAGAUAACCAAAACGGCUGUCCAGCAGGGAAUGAAGUCACCCCGAAACAUAAGUCAGGAGCUUGUGGACGCGUACUUGGCGAGACGAGCACUCGACUAUCUCAUCGGUUUCGACAUCUCUCCGCUCCUGUGGCGGAAGUUGCCGGGUAGCAAAUCCGCUGGGAGGGUCCAGUCUGCUGCUCUGUGUCUCCUCGCUGACCGGGAGAAGGAGAUCGAGAGCUUUACUCCUCGCGAGUACUGGACGGUGGAGGCAGAGAUUUGUCCAGCAGACAGCAAGGGACAAGUUAGCUUUCCGGCACGACUUGUGAGCUACAACGGUGUCAAACUGGACCAGUUCUCGCUCACAGGUAGCGAGGCCGAGGCUGCUGCCAGCUACAUCGGGCAGAGCUCCCUCAGAGUUGAUGGCAUGAAGAACAGUGUUAUACGAAGGAAUGCUCCGGGACCGUACAUUACAUCCUCGCUACAGCAAGACGCAUCAAGCAAGCUUGGAUUCGGUGCUUCCAAAACGAUGCUUCUGGCGCAGAAGCUUUACGAAGGUGUCAAGCUUCCAGAUGGUGAACUGGUCGGGCUCAUAACUUACAUGAGGACGGACAGCAUGCAGCUGUCGGCUCAAGCCAUCGAAAGCAUUCGAAAGUUUGGCGAGGAGAGAUAUGGCAAGAACUACGUCCUCAGCAGUCCCCGGAAGUUUUCAUCCAAAGUGAAGAACGCCCAGGAAGCUCACGAGGCAAUAAGACCGACAGGCAUCGAGCGAAUUCCAUCGGAGCUGGCGAAAGUUUUGGAGCAGGAUGCGUUGCGGCUGUAUGCUCUCAUCUGGAGGAGAACGAUGGCGUGUCAGCUGGAGCAAGCCGUGUUUAAUCACGUCUCUCUGGACGUGGAGGACCCGAAAGGCGUUGUGAGGCUGCGAUCGACAGCAUCGACCAUGGAGUUUCCAGGCUUUCAGAUCGUCUACAGGGACAAAGACGCCCUCGCCGGUGACAACGAAGAGGAAGAAUCAGCCACGGAGAAGAAGCUUCCAUCUCUCAAAGCUGGCAGCUGCGUCUCAGCCAUAGACGUCAAGCACAAGCAGCACUUCACGGAGCCGCCACCUCGAUACACAGAAGGAAGCUUGGUGAAGAAGAUGGAAGAGCUUGGCAUCGGGAGGCCGUCGACGUAUGCUCACGUCCUCAAGACUCUCCAGCUGCGGCAGUACAUGCAAAUCGAGAAGCAGCGGAUCAUCCCACGCGUUCGAGGCCGGAUGGUGGCGGCGUUCCUCUCGCGCUACUUCACCGAGUUUGUGGACUACGGCUUCACAGCCAAGAUGGAGGAGCAACUCGACGCUGUCUCAUCUGGGAGCAUGAAGUGGAAAGAAGUGUUGCAGCAGUUCUGGCCAAACUUCCACGACAAGGUGACAUCCACGGCCAAAGUUCCGACUCAACAGGUAGCGGACAUGCUCGCCAGCCUCUUCUCGGACAAGCUCGCUGGAAAAGACAAGACGUGCCCGAAUUGCCACACCGGCGAGCUCCAGCUCAAGCUCACGAAGUUUGGAACUGGCUAUUUCCUCGGCUGCAAUCGCUAUCCUUCGUGCCACUACAGCAACAGUCUCGACAAGGACGAGGAGGAGGAGGAGGAAGAAUGCGGCUCGCCGGUGGCGAAAUCCAGGAGCAAAGUUCUCGGGGUGGAUUCCAGCACGGGGCUUCCGGUCUUGUACAAGGAGGGGCCGUAUGGAGACUACGUGCAGAUCGGCGAGGAUGCCAAAGGGAAGCUCAAGCCAAAGCGAGUGAGAGUUCCCGAGAGCAUAAACUACAAUGCCUUCACCCUGGAGAUGGCGAUGGAGCUGAUGAAGUAUCCCAAGGAGCUGGGAGUGGAUCCGGAAGGAAAGCCGGUGAUGAUCGGGAUCGGGAGGUUUGGGUGCUACAUCCGGAGGGAAGGCUACUCCGUUUACGUCCCAAAGGAUCAAAAGGUGGAGGAGCUGACGCUGGAAAUGGCGCUGGAUAUUUUUGUCAAGGGGAAGGAGGAUCGUCGAAAGGUGAGGAAGUCACCAGUGAAGAUUGCAUUUGCAUAGUUAGUGUUCAAUUAACUGUUCUUACUAAUGUUUCUGAGGUAAAGCGGCUUUCCAAAUCACUAUAUAAUGUUUCCAAAGAUUAUUCGCAAUUGUUUGAAUUUGUGUGGAUCACGUCAGUGUAUCCUCUUUUCUG